GCCCGGCCCGCGGACAGCGCUGCGGGGGGCGCGGGGCGGGCGGGGGCUGGUGGCGUCCCCUCGGCGCUGCGCCGUGUGCCCCUCGGCAGGGUCCGCGCUCUCCCCGCCGCGUCCCGCCGCCGCGCGUGUCCCCUCGCUGCCGUGUCCCCCCCGCUGUGUCUGCGGUCGUGCGGUCCCGCAGGAUCCCAUCCCGGAAGGGGGGAAAGGCCGAACCCCACCGUCGGGAAGGAUGGGCCCGGCGCCGUGCGGCUGCGGCGCCUCCACGCGUGCCGGCGGGACGGGGCCUCCCGGCGUGACAGCGGGCCGUCGGCAGAGCCGUACGGUGUGACUUCAUGUGACACCGGGACGAUUCCCCCCCGCGCUCCCCGCAGGGCGCUGGCCAUGGAGCCGGGCACCAUCGACAACCUGUCCAUCCUGUACCAGAGCUCCGACUUCAUCGUGGUCAACAAGCACUGGGACAUCCGCAUCGACAGCAAGAUGUGGUACGAGACGCUGACCUUGCAGAGCCAGCUCAAGCACCGCUUCCCUGAGCUGGCUGACCCCGACACCUACUACGGCUUCAGGUUCUGUCACCAACUUGACUUCUCCACCAGCGGGGCUCUGUGUGUCGCGCUCAACAAGGCGGCAGCUGGCAGCGCCUACAAGUGUUUCAAAGACCGGCUGGUGACCAAAGCCUAUCUCGCCCUGGUCAGGGGACAUGUCAGCCAGAGCCGCAUGACAAUCAGCUACGCCAUCGGGAAGAACACGACUGAGGGCAUGACCCACAUGAUGUGCAUCGAUGGGAUGGAGGGCUGUGAAAAUCCCAAGCCUUGCCAGUCAGAGCUGAUAGUGCUGGAGCACGGAUCCUACAGUGGAGACCCUGUAACCAAAGUGCUGCUGCAGCCGCUGACAGGGAGGACUCAUCAGCUCCGAGUUCACUGCAGCGCCAUCGGCCACCCCAUCGUGGGGGACUUCACCUACAGCCACAAGAAGGACAGCAGCCCUUACAGGAUGAUGCUCCACGCCUACUACCUGCGCAUCCCCACCGGUAAGGAGCUCAUCGAGGUCUGCGCGCCCGACCCCUUCAUCACCGCCAUGGACACCAACUGGGUGCCCCACCACGUCACUCACCGCCUGGAUGAGACCAUCCAAGAGCUGAAGGACAAGGUGCUGCAGAAGGAGGAGGAGGAGAGCCGGGAAGUCGUGCUUGGUGGCCAAGGAGAGGAGGCACUGAGUGAAGCCAAGAGCCUGGAGACGGAGGAGCAGCGAGCCCAGUGUGAGCAGUGGUUGGCCGAGUGGGCUUUGGAGUGAGCCACGUCUCUGCAUUUCCAGCCCAAUGCUCCAUUUUCGUCCCAGUGGGUCCCCAUGGAGCUCACCGCUGACUGCACGUCUGCACUUGCUGUAUGCCAUGGCUUCCCUCACUUCUGGGGCUGGGAUUAGGCAGAAUUUAGCAGCAAUUAGGAUGGGUUUAUUUUUUAAUGUACGCAUCAUCCAUCUAGCCACUGGAUGCCCUUUUCCUAAUUCUGGGCCUCAACAGCAGAGUCAGUGUCACGUACCAGCUUAGAGUGACCCCAAAGCUUUAGGUCCCUGUCCCAGAGCUCAGGCACAGCAGGGGCAGCACACGUGCUGCCUUCACUGCAAUGGACGUGGGGCAUGAACCCUCAGUGCCAGGGUGCCAAACUGCAGCCCAGCAAAGGGAGAGGAGGACAUGCUGGGUGCAGCUUCCUUGUCCCUUGUGCCCAUUCUCUUUGCCCUAUCCCGCUGUGCUCGCUUGCAGGAGCUUAGGAGGCACCUACAGCCCCCCAUAUUCCUGGGGCAGCCCCAGGUGUGUUGCCCAUAGGGUUGGGCUGUGGGAUGGGUGCAGGAGAGGUCUCUGCCUGCCCCUGGGAUGUGCUGCCUGCCCAGGUCUGCUCAUGAGCUUUCCUUCCUGCCUCAGCCCACGUCUGUUUUUUUAAAGGUUUGUUGAAGGUGAGUGAGUUGAUACAAACGGAUUUUACACUUUUUCAGAUUUCUAUGAGAAGAAUUUAGUCUUUUAGCAGUUCUGAAAUACGGGUGGUCUCAGAGAUGACUGUAUUUUUAGUACUUCUGUGGUCAGAUAGCCAGCAGCCCAAAGCUUUUUUUAAUAGCUCUUAUCUUUCAUUCCACUAGCGUUGCCUUUCCUAGUGCCCACUGUUAUUCCGGGCAUGGAUGUAACCAGAGGACACAAGCCCCUUUCUGCUUUACCCACAGAGGAGGAGUAAUGAUCCUGUUUUGGUCCCGUCAUGUGGCUCCUGGCUGGCAGGUUGCUGUGGGGAUGUCAGCACCAGAGGGAUCAGGAGCAGCUCCUUUGAGUGGGCAGUUUCGAAGGGCUCCAAAGCAGUGAGAGCAGCUGAGCAAGUGGUUGAAGCUGAAAGAAAGGCUGAGGACUGAUUCAAAGGGUGGGAAGGAGCUCAGCUCUCAUGCUGUCACUCAGCUUUGUAAGAUACCAAUAACAGUUUCUCUGGAAAUGCCCUUGCUGUGCUAGUUGAUGUCCUGCCGCGUCACUCUCUCCUUCCCACCCUGCUUGUCCUCUGCAGCCCUUAGAGGACAUUUAGAAAAUGAAGAGAGAUGGGCAGCUGGCAUGUGCUGGAAGGAAUGGAGGUGGCUAGGGCCCAUUGCAUGCAGAGCACCCAUCCCCAGGGUAUUUGGCACUCAGCACCUGCCCCGAGUUACCCUCAUCCCCCAAGCCCUGUCCCAUUUAAAACGCACCUGACGGGAGUUUCACACGAGAUUCCUGCCCUAAAGGGGAAUGAAACAGCUGAAAUCCCAGGGGGGUUGCAUCACCCAUCCCCUGCAUUCCGAGUGCCACUGGGUGGGUGCAGGCUCCUGUGCUGUGGCAUGUGGCUGGGGCUGAGGCAGCCAUCACCUUCGUGGCUUGGUGAGUUCUGCCAUCCACUGCGGGAGGAGCACAGGCACAUGGGGCACAGCUCUGCAGGCACCAGCCCAGGGCACAAAGCAGGGACAAUGGGCUUGUGGUGGCAGAAGGCUCAGGGGUGGCUGGAGGAGCAGGAUAAUAUCUUCUUCCUCCUGAGUCCUGUCCCUGCCCACCUCAUCUCCUAGGAGCGGCCAGGGAGGGGCAAGGCAGCAGCAGGCGGGUCCAGAGGCUGUAAAUUAAUGCCAUGAACCUGUUUGACGAAGUUUCGGGUGAGAUUUGCAGCAUCAGAGGCGGGACACAGCCUUCCCUCCCCCUGGGCCUGGUGUGGGAACAGUCUCCACUGCGUGACGGUGGUCCAUGGGGACAAGCCCGUGCCCACGCCAAGGGGACCCUGACAGACUGUCCCCCAGCACUCUGCCUCGGCGCUGAGCAGCCCUUGCACCCCACACCACCUGUCAGCCUUUGCACGCUGCACCUUCACCUGACAUUGCAGGAACCAGAGAUAAAUAUCUAUUUUCCUUACCCUGCAGAGAGUUGUUUUCCAGGCUCCCCUCCCACGGCACGUCAGGUCCCGCUCCCUCCUCUCUGUCCUCGCUGCCACGGGGCCCUUUAGCUGCAUCAUCUGUGGAUACACUCGUGCUUUCAGGCCCGGGGGCGGGUUGCGAUCGGGUGUGUGUGUGUCUCGUGACGUUCUGUAUGGCUUGCAAUAGCCCAUAUUUCUGGAUGCACGUUACUGUAGUAAACCAUCCCCUGUGUA